AUGUUCUACCGCGGAGGUUUGAAUUUGAAACUGGCCCAACGGGCAAUGCUUCAGACGAACAGGUUGCAAGCCAGCCGGUUUGCUCAGCCCACUCUGCGCCGCUCGUUUGCUUCGAAGCCCGACCCCAACAACAAUUUUGGCAAGCCGUUGAAAUGGAUGAUUUUGUUCAUGGUCGUUGGUACUGGUCUGUUUUUGUAUGGACUCGACCCCAAUGAGGACUCCCGUAAUCCUAUGCGGGGUUUCAAAAUGAGCGAGGAAGAGUACAACAAGAUCAAGGCUCGGGCAAAGCGCACCGCGUUCUCUCCCCAGGACGUGAACGUUGUUUUCGUGUUGGGCGGUCCUGGCAGCGGCAAGGGCACUCAAUGUGCGAACAUUGUUCGUGACUACAACUUCAAGCACCUAAGUGCUGGCGACUUGUUGCGGGCUGAGCAAGAUCGUGAGGGGUCUCAGUUUGGCGAUCUCAUCCGCGACUACAUCAAGGCCGGCAAGAUUGUUCCUCAGGAAAUCACUAUUGCCCUGCUCAAAAAAGCCAUGGAGGAGUCAAUUGCUCAGGGAACUCCGAAUUUCUUGAUCGACGGCUUCCCUCGCAAGAUGGAUCAGGCCCUCACUUUUGAAGAGCAGGUUGUGCCCUCGAAAUUCACCAUUUUCUUCGAUUGCCCCAUCUCUGUGAUGCUUCCCCGUUUACUCAAGCGUGGUGAGACCUCAGGACGUGCUGACGACAACGCCGAGUCCAUCAAAAAGAGAUUCACGGUCUUUGAGUCCCAAAGCAUGCCGGUUGUAGAGUACUUUGACACCGUUGACAAGGUCUUCAAGGUGUCCUGUGCAGACUCUCCCAACAAGGUCUACGAACAUGUUCAGCAAGCUUUAGCAAAGAACGGUCUUUCUCCCAAAAACUAA